AUGGAUAAAUGGUCUGACACACUGCCACCUCUUUCAUUAUGUAAUGACCCCUGCCCUCGUGGACACAGAAAGACAAAGAAGGAGGGAAAUAAAUUUUGCUGCUAUGAUUGUGCUCCGUGUCCAGAAAGCAUGAUAUCAAACCAGACAGAUAUGGAAACUUGUGUCAGUUGUCCAGGGGAUCACUUUCCAAACAAGGAGCAAGAUCAAUGUAUUCCCAAGGUUCCAAACUUUCUCUCUUUUGAAGAAUCUUUGGGCAUUGCUUCAGCUUCUUUGGCUCUUCUCUUUUCCCUGAUCACAGCUUUAGUGCUUGGAAUCUUCAUUAAGCAACGGGACACUCCAAUUGUCAAAGCCAACAACCGGACCCUCACUUACCUUCUCCUCAUCUCUCUCCUUCUUGGCUUCCCCUGUGCUUUGCUAUUCAUCGGAAAGCCUAAGAAGGAGACUUGCCUCCUCCGACAAACAGCUUUCAGCAUCAUCUUUUCAAUUGCCAUUUCUUCUGUUUUGGCCAAAACCAUUACAGUCAUUGUGGCUUUUGUGGCCUCCCAGCCAGGAAACAUUUUGCAGAAAUGGGUUGGCAAAAGAUUGGCUUAUUUCAUUGUUCUUUCCUGCUCCAGUAUUCAAAUAGGCAUUUGUGCUGUUUGGUUGGCUACCUCUCCCCCAUUCCCAGACCUGGACUUGCACUCACUGUCUGGAGAAAUCAUAGUCAAAUGUAAUGAACAGUCAGCCAUCAUGUUCUACUGUGUCUUGGGCUACAUGGGCUUCCUGUCCAUCAUGAGCUUCACUGUUGCUUUCCUAGCCAGGAAGUUACCUGACAGUUUCAAUGAAGCCAAGUUCAUCACCUUCAGCAUGUUGGUGUUUUGCAGUGUUUGGGUGUCCUUCCUUCCAACCUACCUGAGCACCAAAGGAAAACACAUGGUGGUUGUGGAGAUCUUCUCUAUCUUAUCCUCCAGUGCUGGCUUACUCAGCUUCAUCUUUAUUCCCAAAUGUUACAUUAUUGUGGUUAGGCCUGAACUGAACAACAGGGACCAGCUAAUCUGGAGGAAAAUAUAA